UGUAGCUGGUAGUUAUUUGUUUCAAACAACACUAAAAGUUAAAAAAUACUUUGUGUCUAACAAGUGUUUUUACUUCCUGUUUUCGUCUUUUUUGAUGUGUCGUAAAAUGUGGUUGCCGCGGCAACAAGAGUACACAAAAGUGUUCUACGGAGAAGUCCACUUACGACACAACUAAGUUGCAUGUGUUUUGUGUUUUAAACAAACCAACAAAAAAGACAGAAAAGAUGAGGAAAAACAGCUCUACCCUAACCGCCUCCUCCAGAGCGAUGAAGAAUUCCACUUCGGGGAUGCAGCGACACUUCCAGAGCUCCAGAUACACAGGCAGCUUCACGGGGUUACAAAGCCGAAAAGGCUCCCGGAUGAUGUCGGACAGCAGAGCCACGGGAAGGAGCAACGUUCACAGGAAAGCCAUUCGGGUGCUGGAUGAGAACGGCUAUGACGUCACACCUCGGCCACUUCUCCAACCAGAGGUUAGGGACCCCCACGCCAAACCAAUCAGAUACAUUUUCGAUGACCUCUUCUCCAGAUGGGACACGUCGAAAUCGUCCUCAUUCUCCAACGUAGCCUCUUCUGGAUCAUUUAUGUGGAGCAGCAGACCCCCCAGCAUGUCCACCAAGAACUCAAUGACCAUCCACAGUGGAGACAUCGCUUUCAAGUUGGAGAGCAUCCCGCAACCCGGUUGCUGUUUUUUUUUAAAAAUUAUCAUUGAACGCCAUUGCACGUAUUGUAUAAUUGUAUCUUUUUUAAAACUCCCAUUCGAGGCAAAGCGACAAGCGGCCCCUGUAAGUCAACAAAUGUCGGAGGAGACCGCUUCGGACGAAGUGGUCAACAUCUACCUGACUGAGACGGACACCAUCACACAUCUGGACAUUCUCAGCACCUGUGUGUCGGAGGAGGCUGACGACGCGCAAGCUAUUAAGGAGAGCAACCUCCUCUACAUCGAGCAGUGCAACACCAAAAUGGGCAACGACAAAUACAUUGCUCGGGCGGUGCAGACGUUCGUCGGAGCGUCGAAAGACAAAAAAAUCCAGAGCGAAAAGAUUUUUAUGCAGGAUGAAGGUAGCAUGGCCACCAUUUGGGAUAUCUAUGACUCGUUCCAAAUCGAAGCUUUUACUAAGACAGAGAAGGCUUCUGACAGCGCCGUGGUGGUCAAAAAGGGUCAAGGGACCAAUGAGGGAGAGAGCUACAGCACCGCCAGCACAGCCAACACAGGGAGGACGGUCAGCACCAGAAGCUCCCUGUUUGCCAUAAAGAUACAAGGCGACGCUUUGAGCGACGAGCUGGACCCUCAGCUGAUCCUACAGUCUGAGAGCUUCCAGGGUAACCUGUUCAUCAUGGAGCGCUGCAUCGCCGCCAACAUCUUCCAGCCCAAACUGGCGUCUUACAGAGAACUGGCCGUCAUGCAAGACCCCACAUCCGUGAGCCAACCUGACUCUGAGGAGCCCACAGAGGAGAAGGAAGAGGAUGAGUUUGAAGAGGAGGAAGAAAAGAAGGAGGAGGAAGAGAAAGAGGAGGAGGAGAAAGAGGAGGAGGAGAUUGAGGAGGAGAAGGUGGAGGAAGAGGAAGAGAGGCCAGAUCUGGAACAUCUCUGGACCUUUUGCUGUGAGCUCACCAAAGGGCGCAAGAUCACCAGCAUGGCUUGGAACAAGGAGAACCCGGACCUGCUGGCAGUGGGCUAUGGUGACUACAGUAGUUGGAAACCAGGACUGAUCUGCUGCUGGUCCAUAAAAAACCUCAUGUGGCCGGAGCGCGUUUACCACUGUCACAGUAGCGUCACGGUGCUGGACUUCUCUUCCUGCAACCCUGACAAGCUGGCAGUGGGGAUGUACGACGGCACCGUCGCCAUUUUCAGCGUGCGUAGCCAAGACCAGUCCACCUAUCUGGCCAGCAGCAGGGACUGCAUCAAAAAGCACGUCCACCCCGUGUGGCACAUCACCUGGGCCAAACAGGAAAUGAAAUUUUCCGACGAGGAGACGGUGGAAUCCGUGGUGUCUGUGUCAGAGGACGGUCACGUCAUCAAGUGGCUCUUGUGCAGCAGCGGUCUGGACGGCAUAGACAUGCUGGAGCUGAGGAGAAUCCAAGAUGGCUUCAAGAAGUCCGAUGGGAACAAGAGAAAGAAAGAAGAUAUUCUGGUGUCCACGGCAACGCCUGGUCUUUGUCUGGAUUUUCAUCCCAUGGAUCCUACCAUCUACCUGGCCGGCACGUGUGAAGGGGUCAUCCACAAGUGCUCCGUCUCCAACCAUCAUCACUACCUGGCUAUUUAUCAGAAACACCUGUGCUCUGUGAACUCCGUCGAAUGGUCCCCGUUCAGUCCCGACCUGUUCCUGAGCUGCUCGUCGGACUGGACCAUCCAGCUGUGGAAGGAGGACUGCCUGACCCCCGUGACAGGCUUCACCUCCAUCCAGACUCCCGUGCUGUCUGCCAGGUGGUCCCCGCUUUGGCCGUCCGUCUUCGCCGCCAUCAACGAGCAACAGCUGGAGAUCUGGGACCUGAACGCAUCUGUGCAAGACCCGGUUAUCGUGCAAGAGGCAGAACCGGGCGUCUGCAUCACCACCCUGCUUUUCGCCAAAGGGACGGACUGCGUUGUGGUCGGAGACACAAGUGGAAAAGUGACCUUCUACAAGAUAAAAAACCUGAGUGUAGGGCCGGGCAAGAAGGUGCCAAAUCUGGAGGAUCUGGUUCACUUUGGCGACUCCACCUCGAGUUAAUAUUUUAUAUGUGACCUACGCAGUGUGUCGCAACAUUACAACCUGAUGUGAUCCAGAACAAAAAUGCUGCCUUUACACAGAUAAUAACGCUACAUUCAGACAUUUAAAAAAAACAUUCUUAUUUUGUGUCACACCGUGAGCUGUUGUGGCGGUAAACAAGAGGGAGGCAAAUGUUUGUACAGUGCAGGAAUGUGCAAGCUGGCUAACGUGAUUAUUCAUGGCUGACAGCGCUUCCUUUCACUGCGAGCAAGGCAGCUGCUCUGUCUACUCAUCACAAACACACUUGUCCUUGCAUUCCUCAGCUAAACUAUUUCACACCCAGACGCAUGGAAAACAUGUACUUGUACGAGCCUUACAGCUCGUCAAAGUUUCAAAAAAUGUUGUUCACGUUUUACAAAACACAAAACCAGUGAAGUUGGCACGUUGUGUACAUCGUAAAUAAAAAC